AUCAUUAUCAAUCACCGCUGCCGUUGCGUACCUUCGGGUCAUCAAACAUCUGCUCAGGGGUCUUCGUUGUCGCAAAAGUUUGACAAAAAUGGCCCGACCAACGCAACAUUACUGGGACACCGUUAAGAACGAGCAGCCGACGCCACAGUGCCUGCAGAGGGUGCAGCGGGACCUGGUGGAGUUACACGCCGACGCUACACCGGGAGUGUUCGUCGUCCCGGAAGACAGCGACGUGAGGGUGCUGCACGCCAUCGUCGUGGGCCCCUGGGGAACGCCCCUCGAAGGUGGCCUCUUCCGCCUGCAGUUGAAGUGCCCGCCCGACUACCCGAUGCGGCCGCCUCGUGUGCGUUUCCUGACUGGCGCUGGGAAAGUGUCCUUCAACUCGCACAUCCGCGGGGAGCACAUCUGCCUCAGCCUACUAGGCACGGCUCCUAAUGGACCGAGUUGGAGUUCCGCCCUGAGCAUCGGCAGCCUGCUCGUCUCCAUACAGUCCUUCCUGGCCGACGGCGCUACGGAGAUCAUGCGCCACAACGCGAUUAGGGUCGCGGUAUGUGACACGCUCGAAGACUGUCUACGAGAAGCAUCCGAGUCUCCUAUGCCACCGGCUCUCACGCAGAAAGUGCUCAAGUACUUCGCCGAAAACUACGCAAAGUACGAGGACGCGGUCCAGGCGCAGAUUAAUUCCUGGAGAGUACUCUCGUGGAUUUCGGGUGUCGCGUACGGCAGUUACGAACCACUGCUGAAGCGACUUCGCGACAUCAAGAAGAAGAUUGACGAAAAGAACGUGACGGCCACCGGGCAACAAAACAAGGAGUGACGCAAUGCUCCCUGGUUACUCGAGUCCACGAUCACAACGUCGAUUCUGCAUGUGCCAACGUGCCCUCUGAACUUAAAAUUAAGGACUCUUGAUAUUUUACGGACAUUAGCUAGAUAAUAAAAGAAGCUAAAUUAGGCCGCUGCCGCAACUAAGGAAAGCGUGUUUCCCACAAUUGGAAUAAGGCCUUCAGAUGUGCCUUUGGUAGCGGUGUGGGAUAGAUUGAUUAUUUACGUGCUCAUCACUGGGCCCCAUUGGAAGUUUGGUUACACAGUUGAUGUUCUGAAGCAUAAUGUAGAAAGCACUUUAUAGCGAGAUCCUUUUUUAUUUUUUUAUUUUUUUGGCUAUUGGAGAAAAUCGUCGAAGCUGACAUGUGCCGCAGUGCCAGCAAGAGAACUUCACUGCCAACAUCGGCAUUCUGUAUCCCAGAGCCUCGACUUCAGAGUCGAUUUCGCUACCUGCUUCGAUACAAUGAGCCGAGGGACCUUUUUUUUGCUUCAAAUGAAAAUUUAGACCUGCUGAACACAGACAAAUUAGCGGGCCAUGUCAGAUAAUCCUGAUAAAGUUUGCAACAGUG